CUCCACUCCCCCCUCCGCCUCGUCGCGCGGUAAUGGGAGGCUCCUAGGCAGGAGAAGCAAAAGAAGGAAUUGUUUGCGAGUUCAGUCAUCCAAAAAGCUUCUUCCAUAUGGAGGGACCGGGUACGCUAGGCGCGGCGUCCCUUGCCUUGUCCUGCUGCCGCCGCCACGGCCGCCGCUUCCUGCCGCGGGGACCCUGAGCCCCGACCCGCCGGUGUCAGCCGCCGCGCGCGCACAGACACACACACACACGGACACACAAACACACACAGAAAAGACACAGGCGCACACACGGCGCGCACACCCUCACGCCCGCCACAGCCACACGCGCCCGCACGCGCCCUCCCUCUACGGCCGGCAACUUCUCCGUCCGGGGCUCCUUUGUUGGUCCAGCCGCGGCCGCUCGCCGGUGUUGUGUGUCCCCGGUGUCACCGUGCGUGUUGUGUGUCCGUGCGGCGCGGCGCUGUGUGGCUCCCUCUGCGCCCACCACGCUGGCCCCCGGGCCCCGGCUCGCCCUCCCCAGGCGCGGGCUGCAGCAGAGUUUCAGAACAAGCUUCCUGGAACCCACGACCCAUGAAAUCUUGUCAACAUUUAUACCGUCUGAGGGUAGCAGCUCGAAAGUAGAAGAAGUAGGUGAGGUUUUCUGCUCAGUGUGAUAACUCUGGCCUAUUAGGUCAGCCAUUUGUUCAUGUUUUGUGUUACCACUUGGAGAUGGUUUUUCUCAUCCUCAAGUAUUGGAAGUUCAACUUUGAGUGGAAUCUGGACUAAACUUCAGAGUGUUGCUGGGGACGGCAGUAUCUCUUUGUGUGACCCUGGCGGCUUAUGGAACGUUGGCUUCAGACCUUUGUGAUACACCAUGCUGCGUGGGACAAUGACGGCGUGGAGAGGAACAAGGCCUGAGGUCACACUGGCUUGCCUCCUCUUAGCCACAGCAGGCUGCUUUGCUGACUUGAACGAGGUCCCUCAGGUCACCGUCCAGCCUGCAUCCACCGUCCAGAAGCCCGGAGGCACUGUGAUCCUGGGCUGCGUGGUGGAGCCCCCAAGGAUGAAUGUAACCUGGCGCCUGAAUGGGAAGGAGCUGAAUGGCUCGGAUGAUGCUCUGGGUGUCCUUAUCACCCACGGGACCCUCGUCAUCACUGCCCUUAACAACCACACUGUGGGACGGUACCAGUGUGUGGCCCGGAUGCCUGCGGGGGCUGUGGCCAGCGUGCCAGCCACUGUGACACUAGCCAAUCUCGAGGACUUCAAGUUAGACGUGCAGCACGUGAUUGAAGUGGAUGAGGGAAACACAGCAGUCAUUGCCUGCCACCUGCCUGAGAGCCACCCCAAAGCCCAGGUCCGGUACAGCGUCAAACAAGAGUGGCUGGAGGCCUCCAGAGGUAACUACCUGAUCAUGCCCUCGGGGAACCUCCAGAUUGUGAAUGCCAGCCAGGAGGAUGAGGGCAUGUACAAGUGUGCGGCCUACAACCCAGUGACCCAGGAAGUGAAAACCUCCGGCUCCAGCGACAGGCUGCGUGUGCGCCGCUCCACCGCUGAGGCUGCCCGCAUCAUCUACCCGCUGGAGGCCCAAACCAUCAUCGUCACCAAAGGUCAGAGUCUCAUUCUGGAGUGUGUGGCCAGUGGAAUCCCACCCCCACGGGUCACCUGGGCCAAGGAUGGGUCCAGUGUCGCCGGCUACAACAAGACGCGCUUCCUGCUGAGCAACCUCCUCAUCGACACCACCAGCGAGGAGGACUCAGGCACCUACCGCUGCAUGGCCGACAAUGGGGUUGGGCAGCCUGGGGCAGCGGUCAUCCUCUACAACGUCCAGGUGUUCGAACCCCCUGAGGUCACCAUGGAGCUGUCCCAGCUGGUCAUCCCCUGGGGCCAGAGUGCCAAGCUCACCUGUGAGGUGCGCGGGAACCCUCCGCCCUCCGUGCUGUGGCUGAGGAAUGCCACGCCCCUCAUCUCCAGCCAGCGCCUCCAGCUCUCCCGCCGGGCCCUGCGUGUGCUCAGCAUGGGGCCUGAGGACGAAGGCGUCUACCAGUGCAUGGCCGAGAACGAGGUUGGGAGUGCCCACGCCGUGGUCCAGCUGCGAACCUCCAGGCCAAGCAUAACCGCGAGGCUACGGCAGGAUGCUGAGCCGGCUACUGGCACACCUCCUGCACCACCCUCCAAACCCGGCAGCCCUGAGCAGAUGCUGAGGGGGGAACCGGCGCUCCCCAGACCCCCAACAUCAGCACGGCCUGCUUCCCCGCAGUGUCCAGGAGAGAAGGGGCAGGGGGCUCCCGCCGAGGCUCCCAUCAUCCUCAGCUCGCCCCGCACCUCCAAGACCGACUCAUAUGAACUGGUGUGGCGGCCUCGGCAUGAGGGCAGUGGCUGGGCACCGAUCCUCUACUAUGUGGUGAAACAUCGCAAGGUCACAAACUCCUCUGACAAUUGGACCAUCUCUGGCAUUCCAGCCAACCAGCACCGCCUGACCCUCACCAGACUCGACCCCGGGAGCUUGUAUGAAGUGGAGAUGGCAGCUUACAACUGUGCAGGCGAGGGCCAGACAGCCAUGGUCACCUUCCGAACUGGACGGCGGCCCAAACCCGAGAUCAUGGCCAGCAAGGAGCAGCAGAUCCAGAGAGAUGACCCUGGAGCCAGUCCCCAGAGCAGCAGCCAGCCCGACCACGGCCGCCUCUCCCCCCCAGAAGCUCCCGACAGGCCCACCAUCUCCAUGGCCUCCGAGACCUCAGUGUACGUGACCUGGAUUCCCCGUGGGAAUGGUGGGUUCCCGAUCCAGUCCUUCCGUGUGGAGUACAAGAAGCUAAAGAAAGUGGGAGACUGGAUUCUGGCCACCAGCGCCAUCCCCCCGUCGCGGCUGUCCGUGGAGAUCACAGGCCUAGAGAAAGGCACCUCCUACAAGUUUCGAGUCCGGGCUCUGAACAUGCUGGGGGAGAGCGAGCCCAGCGCCCCCUCUCGGCCCUACGUGGUGUCCGGCUACAGUGGCCGCGUGUACGAGAGGCCCGUGGCAGGUCCCUACAUCACCUUCACGGACGCGGUCAAUGAGACCACCAUCAUGCUCAAGUGGAUGUACAUCCCAGCAAGUAACAACAACACCCCAAUCCAUGGCUUCUAUAUCUAUUAUCGACCCACAGACAGUGACAAUGAUAGUGAUUACAAGAAGGAUAUGGUGGAAGGGGACAGGUACUGGCACUCCAUCAGCCACCUGCAGCCAGAGACCUCCUACGACAUUAAGAUGCAGUGCUUCAAUGAAGGAGGGGAGAGCGAGUUCAGCAACGUGAUGAUCUGUGAGACCAAAGCUCGGAAGUCUUCUGGCCAGCCUGGUCGACUGCCACCCCCGACUCUGGCCCCACCACAGCCGCCCCCUCCUGAAACCAUAGAGCGGCCGGUGGGCACUGGGGCCAUGGUGGCUCGCUCCAGUGACCUGCCCUAUCUGAUUGUCGGGGUCGUCCUGGGCUCCAUCGUUCUCAUCAUCGUUACCUUCAUCCCCUUCUGCUUGUGGAGGGCCUGGUCUAAGCAAAAACAUACAACAGACCUGGGUUUUCCCCGUAGUGCCCUUCCACCUUCCUCCUGCCCAUAUACUAUGGUGCCAUUGGGAGGACUCCCAGGCCACCAGACCAGCGGACAGCGCUACCUCAGUGGCAUCAGUGGACGGGCCUGUGCUAACGGGAUCCACAUGAAUAGGGGCUGCCCCGCGGCUGCAGUGGGCUACCCGGGCAUGAAGCCGCAGCAGCACUGCCCAGGCGAGCUUCAGCAGCAGAAUGACACCAGCCGCCUGCUGAGGCGGACCCAUCUUGGCAAUGGAUAUGACCCCCAAAGUCACCAGAUCACCAGGGAUCCCGAGUCUAGCCCGGACGAGGGCUCUUUCUUAUACACCCUGCCCGAUGACUCCACUCACCAGCUGCUGCAGCCCCACCACGACUGCUGCCAACGCCGGGAGCAGCCUGCUGCUGUGGGCCAGUCAGGGAUGAGGAGAGCCCCCAACAGUCUCGGCCUAGAAGCAAUGUGGGAUCCUCCAUUUCACUCAGGGCCCCCAUGCUGCUUGGGCCUUGUACCAGUUGAAGAGGUGGACAGUUCUGACUCCUGCCAAGUGGGUGGAGGAGACUGGUGUCCCCAGCACCCCACAGGGGCCUGCGUAGGACAGGAACCUGGAAUGCAGCUCUCCCCGGGGCCACCGGUGUGUGUGUCUUUUGAAACAUCACUUCCCACAAUUUAGGCAGAAUCCAAUAUCCCAGAAAGACUAUAUAUAUAUAUAUAUUUUUUUUUUUUUUAAAGAAGAGACAGAGAAAAUUGGUAUUUAUUUUUCUAUUAUAGCCAUAUUUAUAUAUUUAUGCACUUGUAAAUAAUGUAUAUGUUUUAUAAUUCUGGAGAGACAUAAGGAAUCCUACCUGUUGAGGUUGGAGAGGGAAAAGAAAGAAGCCGCCACCUAACAGGAGUCCCCCAGGAAAGCACCGCACAGGCUGGCACGGGACAGACUCCUAACCUGGGGCCUCUGCAGUGGCAGACGAGGCUGCUGGAGGCCCACAGAUAAGCUGGCAAGAGGAAGGAUCCCAGGCACAUGGUUCCUCACAACCACGAGGUUGAAAAGCAAGGGUCACGGUAUCACAGCCUGGAGAUACCCACACAGAUGGCUGGAUCCGGUGCUACUGGAAACAUUUUCCUAAGAUGCCCAUGAGAACAGACCAAGAUGUGUACAGCACUAUGAGCAUUAAAAAACCUUCCAGAAUCAAUAAUCCGUGGCAACAUAUCUCUGUAAAAACAAACACUGUAACUUCUAAAUAAAUGUUUAGUCUUCCCUGUAACCUUCAA